ACCAGCUCGAAUUUGAAUCGGUAAUUGGUAAUAUCUUGUUCAGACAUUGGAAUGCUUAAGAGGACUCACUCUUCCGCUAUUUUUCUGAACUCAUCCUCCAACUCAUAUCAUAUUGAGAACACCAAUGAUAAAUCCUUUAAAAAACUCUUUGGAAUUGGCCUUAGGCCGUCUAUGCGGGAUCGCAAGUCAACUCGUUAACUCGUCCGAUCCAACGUUCCAAAUGCAUGCUGGUGAACUCCGAUUCAAUUAAAAUUGUAUGCAGCAAACUCGGUGAAUUCGUCCAAGUUUACUAAUUUGAAUUAAUCUAGUUACAGUAUAUAUAUAUUACAAUGAUGGUAGUUUUAUUUACGGAGACAACAAAAAAGUUUGGACUCAAAUCUUAUUCUCACAACACAUUCAAUACAAAUUAUAUAAAACCAAGAAACCCCCAACAAACUUCACUUUUCAUCAUUCUCUUCCAUCCAAAACCAAGAAAACAAACCCAAGAACUCAAAUCUCUCCCUCUUUCUCUCCCAUCUCUCUGCCAUGGAAAACACCAACCACUAUCCUCAUUUCCUCAUCAUCACACUCAUCUUCUUCACAACCUUCACACCAUGCACUAGCUCCACAACCACCAACAACAACACACCAUCAUCAACAACACCAUCUCCACCAAUGCCAACUCAAGAACUAAACAACAUUCUUGACGCACUCAUAGGCUCAGGAGACACAACCAUAACCAAAUGGCUAAGCAUCUUAUCAAUGUCAAACCCAUCACUAAGCCUAACACUCUUCAUCCCUCAACAAACACUCUCACCAUCCUCCACACUAGACCCCUUCACUUUCCCAUACCAUAUCGUCCCACAACGUCUCUCCUUUGCCGACCUCCUCCUCCUCCCUCGCUACUCCCGUCUCCCCACUCUCCUCCCCGGUAAAAGCAUCGCCAUCACCGAUAACUCCAUCGGUAACUUCACCAUCGACGAUGUCCUCCUCACUCAUCCUGAUCUUUAUAACACUUCUUCGCUCGCUGUUCAUGGCAUUGAGAGGCUUCUUGAUUACUCUAUCUUUGGUGAUGAUGCAUCCAUGAUGCCUAAUUCGCCUAACUUUUUGCCCGUCGGAGAAACAUGGAAGUCGGACGCGUUCUCGGCCUCCGUUAGUAUCUUCUUGUUGGUUAUAUGUUUUGUUCUUCAGCAACUCAUCUUCUUUGUGUAA